GAUCAUUCCUACACAUCACUGAGUCCACCACCAUGGCCUCUAAAGCAGUGGCUGUGUUGCUGCUGGUUUACCUGUCAGGAUUUACUUUUGGGAUCAAGCUGGAAGGAAAUGGAUACACUGACAUUCUGGUUGCAAUUAACCCUGAGGUGCCUGAGGACCCAGUGCUCAUCACACAAAUCGAGGUAAUAAAUUAAUUAAGAAAAACAUUAUUUCUCCACUCAACAGGUAAUACAUAUUUUAGGAUAUUGUGAAUGUUAAUGAAUGUAGGAUAUUGCUGUUUUUGAUGUUGAAAUUCAAAUGCUGUAUCUAACCAUAGAACAGACAUGCUGUGAUUGUUUUAUUAAUAAUGAAAGUAAACCAAAAGAUUCAAUUAGACAGUUUUUGUUUUAUUCUAUUUCAUUUGUUACUUCAGGAAAUGAUUAAAGAAGCCUCCAGACAUCUACUUAGCGCAACAGAGAAAAAUUUCUAUUUCAAGGAAGUCACAAUAUUAGUGCCACCAAAUUGGAACAAAAGAAAUUACUCCAGAGCAAAGACGGAGGUCUACGAUAAGGUAUUGAGACAAUCUAAAACAUGCAAAAGUCUGAUUUACACUGAUGUUGGAGUCCUUUGUGCUCAGUUGAAGUCAUCAUUACCACCAUUGACAGAGAAGGAACCUGACUGACAUUCUAUUAGCUUUUGGUUCCUCAUCAUUACAUUUAUUUCAGUUAGUAUUGGUAUUUUAUUAGGAUCCCCAUUAGCUCUUGCAAAAGCAGCAGCUACUCUUCCUGGGGUCCACACAAAACAUGAAACAUGACAUAAUACUGAACAUUAAUAGACAACAGCUCAAGAACAGAACUACAUCGUAGCCACACAUAGCCUACCAUAUCAAUACAUACACACAAACUAUCUAGGUGAAAUAGGGGAGAGGCGUUCAUUCAUAGACAUUCAUUCAUAGGGAAGAUACACUACACACUACAAAAGUAUGUGGACGCCCCUUCAAAUUAGUGUAUUCGGCUCUUUCAGCCACACCUGUUGCUGACAGGUGUAUACAAUCGAGCACACUGGCAUGCAAUCUCCAUAGACAAACAUUGUCAGUAGAAUGGCCAGUACUGAAGAGCUCAGUGACUUUCAACGUCAUAGGAUGCCACCUUGCCAACAAGUCAGUUCGUCAAAUUUCUGCCCUGCUGGUCAACUAUAAGUGCUGCAAUUGUGAAGUGGAAAUGUCUAGGAGCAACAACAGCUCUGCCGCGAAGUGGGAGGCUACACAAGCUCACAGAAUGGGACCGCUGAGAGCUGAAGCGUGUAGCGCAUAAAAAUUGUCUGUCCUCAGUUGCAACACUCACUACCGAGUUCCAAACCACCUCUGGAAGCAACGUUAGCACAAGAAGUGUUCGCCGGGAGCUUCAUGAAAUUCGUUUCCAUGGCCGAGCAGCCGCACACAAGCCUAAGAUCACCAUGCGCAAUGCCGAGUGUCGGUUGGAGUGGUGUAAAGCUUUCCGCCAUUGGACUCUGGAGCAGUGGAAACGCGUUGAACCAAGCUUCACCAUCUGGCAGUUCAAUGCAUAGUGCCAACUGUAAAGUUUGGUGGAGGAAGAAUAAUGGUCUGGGGCUGUUUUUCAUGGUUCAGGCUAGGCCCCUUAGUUCCAGUGAAGGGAAAUCUUAAUGCUACAGCAUACAAUGACAUUCUAGACAAUUCUGUGAUUCCAACUUUGUGGCAACUGUUUGGGGAAGGCUCUUUCCUGUUUCACCCCCGUGCACAAAGUGAGGUCCAUAGAGAAAUGGUUUGUUGAGAUCGGUGUGGUAGAACAUGACUGGCCUGCACAGAGCACUGACCUCAACCCCUUCGAACACAUUUGGGAUGAAUGAGCCAGGUCUAAUCGCCCAACAUCAGUGCCCGACCUCACUAAUGCUCUUGUUUUUUUAAUGGAAGCAAGUCCCCGCAGCAAUGUUCCAACAUCUAGUGGAAAGUCUUCCCAGAAGAGUGGAGGCUGUUAUAGCAGCAAAGGGGGGACCAGCUCCAUAUUAAUGCCCAUGAUUUUGGAAUGAGAUGUUCGAGGAGCAGGUGUCCACAUACCUUUGGCCAUGUAGUGUAGAUUUGCAAUUAUAUUAUCUGUUACAUAACUCUAACUGUAAUAGUAACCGUAACCUUAAUUGUUAAAAUACAACAAGGAAGACAUAAAUUACAAUUUUAUAGUUAAGGGGAACAUUUUACAAAAUUGGACGUUUGUUCAAAAACAUCAAUAUAUAACUCAUAAGACCAGGUAGUCAGUAUGUAAAUAGGCAUGGUAUCCUCUUUUCUAAAGUAUAAGUGUUCUCUAGUAAUUACAAACACUUUGAAGUAUUAUGGCAAAUCUAGUUAUUUUGUUAAUCAUUUGCAUUGUCUCUGUUAUAGGCCAAUAUAAUAAUUGAUGAGCCAAAUAAAUCACAUGGCGAUCAGCCUUACACUCUGCAGUAUGGUGAAUGUGGAUCUGAGGGCCGGUACAUUCAUUUGACUCCUGACUUCAUGCUAGAUGAUGAUGUCGCUAAAAACUAUGGACCCAGAGGUUAGAGGCACCUGCCGUAAACUCUAUCUGCUGUUACUGUAAAAGACCCAACACAGAAAUCCUAUUUGUUGAAUUUCCCUUCUAAAAAUCACUUCCAGGUAAGGUUUUUGUCCAUGAAUGGGCACAUCUAAGAUGGGGAGUUUUUGAUGAAUAUAAUGAAGAAAAACCAUUCUACACGUCAGGUUCUUCAAUCGAGGCAACAAGGUAAUCUUUAUAAUUUAUACAAUUCCAUAUUCAUAUUGUAUCCAUUAAAGGGGAAUUCCAACACACAACAUUUAUGCGUUCUGUAGUUAAAAAAUAUAUAUUUUCAAAGAAUAUGAAAUUCACUGUGAUGAGGGGAGCAGGAAGAUCACUGUUUUUAUUUUUCAUGACAUCAUAAAAUUGCACUUAAUUAGGACCUUCUUAUGUUUUUAACUACAAAUGUAUAAAUGUGCUAUUAUACAUAUGUAGAAACUGGUAUGGUGCUGGAGAUAAUGAAUAUGGGUUGAAAAGGGGUGGAAUUCCCCUUUAAGUGGCUUCAUUUGUCCUUAAAGUUGAAGGAGUUAAAAAAGUUGCAUUUUAUUUUAUUUUUAAUAUCAAACACAUUUUCAAUAGAUUCCGUAUUGUUUGCAGAACAUGGCAAAGGUCCCAGUUAAACUGUACCUGCCCAUUAUUAUUGUCUGUGUCUAGUGAAAAGCAUGAGCUGGCGCACACCAACACAAGUUAGUAGAGGUGCUGACUAAGGGCAAGUAAACUGUAGGCCUGAAGAAGGCACAGUGAUGCCAAACGUUGGUGUUUUACCCAAUACAUGACUGGGAGCUUAGACAUAAUGUGUGACUCUCUUCACUUUUAUAGCCCAUUGUCUAUUUAUGGAUUUAAUUCAGUUUCCACUAUGACAUGCAUCUCCCAACAUCUAAAUUAUGAUGUUUCUUAAAUUAUUGAGACUUUGAGCCAACCAACCCUAUCUGCACAAUCAUUUUAUUGUUAAUUGAACAAUGUUCAUUUCACAUUUUUCAGAUGUACCAUAAACAUUACAGGAAAGUCCAUCAACAAAAAUGACCAAAACAGCUGCACCACUGAUCCUGUGACUGGGUUAUACACCAAAGACUGUGUAUUCUAUCCUGACAUGCACCAGACAACCUCUGCAUCUAUCAUGUAUAAUCAAGGCCUUGAUGCUGUGAGUAGAAGCUUUCAAAGCCGCUGCCCACCGCUGCCCACUGAAGAAGGUUAUACACAUUUAUACCACGGCAUGUUGAAUAAUCGUGCCAAUAUACUGUAUCCUCCAAACACCGGCUUCGAGGGCAUUAUCACUUUUAUACAACGGGUUACCAACAUAUUAAAUUAAAGAUCGACAUAUUUUCAUAAAAACAUUAUUUUGAUGAAUUUAUUCAUACUAUUUCAUGCUUCCACAAGAUAUAGUCCCGACACAAAUCUAGGGUUGCUACCCAAGCUGGCUGGUCAUUCGUUCUAUCGGUUCGGUUGCCAGAGACGCGAUCCAGUUGUUCAGUCUUUUUGUUCUGUAUCUAUGGACGUGGCCCAGACAUUCGUUCUAAAUGUUCCAUUGCCAUACUGGCUGGCAACGUUCUUAUCCAUUGCUUACUAGCUAGCCAACUACGGCUAAUUUACAGUCACGUCAAAGAGUGCAGCCAGAAUAAUGUCAAGGUAGCUACAUUUGCGUUUGCUUAAGCUGUUUUCUAGUGACAUUUAUUUGGAUACAUCCAUAACAAUGAGCUAAUGAUGUGCGAUUUCGCCUGGCGUAGAACAUGUGCUCUCUCGUCAGGACACUGUUGUUCAGAGGAGCUAGCCAACAACACAGCUCACACAAUCACUUCAAACUGAAGCUGGAAAGACUUUUACCUUUUUUCAAUUGACAUUUAUUUUUAUAUAUCCAUAAAAAUUAUGCCAGCUGAUUCAUGAUUUCGACUGGCUGAGAAAUGCUGCUUGGGUGUCUGUCUCCUCCAGACUCCAGACACAUUCAUUACUAUUGGACAACUGGAGAUCUAAUUUGAAUAUUGAAACAAUGUUGUAAAUGUCGGAGAGACAGACAGCAAGAUUUAUACAAAUCUCCCCUGUUGAAAACUAAAUGUUAGUCUAAAAGAAAUGUGAGAUAAUGUCUUUUUAUAGUGGAGAUCAAGUUUAUAAAUUGCUUGGCUGGGCUGAUGAGACAGUGGAUUGCGCAGUCAGAUGGAACAGAGUAAAUAGGCAUUUUAACGUGAUUCGAUUUAGCCGGUGGUAACUUGUGGAAUAGACACCGGCUGGAUUGCGGUUUUAACCAAUCAGCAUUCAGGAUUAGACACAACCGUUGUAUAAGUAAGAAAUAAUCAACUCGGGGCUAUGUGUUCUAUGGAAAAAAUGAACGACGUGGAAUGUGUGUUCCCCGACGUGCUAGCGGAGUGGAACUGACCUUCCACGGAGUUACAUUAUUUUCCAGAGAACGCAUAGAGCCCUGGGUUGAUUAUCCCUUUGAUACCAUGGCUAUAAUUUAAUACAUUUGCCACUAGAAAUGUGUUCAUUUGCCGGUAGAAAUAUGUUCAACAUCCACUGAAGUAGCUAGCAAGUUUACUAGAUAGCUACAAUAGUUGCCGUGGUAACCAAACAUACUUCCUAGCUUGCUAUUAUGAAAAUCGAAUUCAACAAUAGCAAUACUGUUUUCAAUUCAACUUUUGCUUUCAAAAGCAGCUCAAAAGCAGGAUGAUCAACUCGGGGCAAUGUGUUCUAUGGAAAAUAAUGCAACUCCGUGGAAGAUUAGUGCCACUCUGCUAGCGCGUCAGGAAACACACCUUCCACGUCAUCCCAUAGAACACAUAGCCCCUCAUUGAUUAUCCCUAACGUAAUGCAUGUGUAAUGCACAACUUAUCCCAUCCUACCUGUUAAGGUCAAUUUACAGUAAUGACAGUAACACUUGUGUUGUGUUCGCCCUACAGGUAAAAGAGUUCUGUACAAAAAAAACUCACAACACUGAGGCUCCAAACAUGCAGAACAGACUGUGUGAUAACAGAGGUGUAGAGGAAGUUAUCACCUCACUGUCUGUAGAUGCCGGUGUGGCAGUCGUGCCAACACCACCAAGUAUACUACCCACAUUCACUGUGGUUCAGCGACGGCAAAGAGUUGUCUGUCUUGUCCUUGAUGUUUCAGGAAGCAUGAGGGUAUGUAUGUAAGGGCAACGUUUUACAAUCACAGCACAGUCCGGGCAAUGCAACAGGGAAUUUGUGGAUAAAUCUGGUUCAGUAAUAACAUUUAGUGAACACUUUAUUCAUUACUAAUUGGAAAAGGGCUGUCCAGAAAGCAAACAUCAUCAAAAUAGUAGCCAAAAAAAAUGGCACCAGUGUAUCAGUCUUAAAAUUGUGAAUGGUACAGUGGCAACUGAAAUUAAUAUUGAUACAAACAAGUUGUUUUCUGUUUUGUUUUCUCCACAAGGGUCAGAGAAUCCAGACACUACGGCAGGCAGCCUCAUUGUUCUUGAGGCAGAUCAUUGAAGACCAAUCUUUAGUUGGGAUUGCAAUAUUUGACAGCACUGGCAGACCCCUAAAAUCUUUGACUCUGAUUAACAGUAACAGCAAGAGGGAAGAGCUGGUUGAUUCUUUGCCAAAAACAGAUAGUGGUGGAGGCACUCAAAUUUGUGAAGGCCUUAAAGAAGGUUUAAAGGUAAUUUUUUAAAACUAACUUCAACCUUUACUCUGUAAAGAAUUGAAACCUGGAAACACAGAUCAGACGUUAAUAUUACAAUAAUUCCUUAUCCUGUCGAUUAGAUUGAUCAGACUCUUAGAAAUCAGAAACAUCAGUAAGAACCUCAGUUCAAUUUUUCAAAAACGACUGUAUAUACAUUCCUAUUUAAGGUUCUUCAAGGAGAUGAUGGAAACGCUACAGGAGAUGAAAUAGUUUUCUUGACUGAUGGGGAAUCAAAUACACCAAUGGAUUGUUUGACGUUAGUCAAUAAAAGCGGUGCAAUUGUACAUACAAUUUCUUUGGGACCAAAUGGAGACAAACAAUUGCCAGAAAUGUCAAAUAUAUCAGGUAGGCAAUAGCGAGAAGGCAAGUUCUAGAGCUGACAAAUUAUGGACAUUAUUAACCAUUUGCAAAAUAUUAAAUUGCAUGUACUUCAGGCAUUUAGGAAACAAUAAAACAGAAGCCCAGCCACUAGGAUUUGCUAUAAAGCUAACGGAUGGGGCUGGAGAAAUGUAAUUACUCUCAAAUUCAUAGAUGGAGCUUUGGAUACAAGGACUGACAAGUCCAUGAGAUAAAUAUGAUCAUUUUAACCAUAUUAUGAAGCUAUACAUUAUUUGUUUACAGUGGAGUAAAACAAACAUAUACAUUAUGUUGGGUUUUGAUUGGUUAGGCCAGCCUGGUCACUCACCAGAUUUGUAACAAUGCUGUUUUUCAGUUACGGUAUUUGACCCCAUGUUGUUGUACAGUUGUGCAGUGCCUUCUAGGGGCAAUUUCAGUUUAAGUAAAAAGACGACUAUCUGUGGCUGGGAUUUUCGACCAAUGUCAGCAUUCAUUGUGUGAUCAUGUUGUUAGACAAUUGAGCUAAGGUCAUGAGGCAUUUUAAGGUGAUAUUCUUACAGUGCAUUCGGAAAGUAUUCAGACCCCUUGACUUUUUCCUAAUUUUGUUACGUUACAGCCUUAUUCUAAAAUGGAUUAAAUAAUUGUUUUUCCUCAUCAAUCUACACACAAUACCCCAUAAUGACAAAGAGAAAACAGGUUUUUAUAAAUUUUUGCAAAAAUAAAAAACAGAAAUACCUUAUUUACGUAAGUAUUCAGACCCUUUGCUAUGAGACUCGAAAUUGAGCUCAGGUGCAUCCUGUUUCCAUUGAUCAUCCUUGAGAUGUUUCUACAACUUGAUUACAGUCCAUCUGUGGUAAAUCUAAUUGAUUGGACAUGAUUUGGAAAGGCACACACCUGUCUAUAUAAGGUCCCACAGUUGACAGUGCAUGUCAGAGCAAAAACCAAGCCAUGAGGUUGAAGGAAUUGUCCGUAGAGCUCCAAGACAGGAUUGUGUCGAGGCACAGAUCUGGGGGGAAAAAAAGUAUGCAGCAUUGAAGGUUCUCAAGAACACAGUGGCCUCCAUCAUUCUUAAAUGGAAGACGUUUGGAACCACCAAGACUCUUCCUAGAGCUGGCAGCCCGGCCAAACUGAGCAAUCGGGGGAGAAGGGCCUUGGUCAGGGAGGUGACCAAGAACCCGAUGGUAACUCUGACAGAACUCCAGAGUUCCUCUGUGGAGAUGGGAGAACCUUCCAGAAGGACAAACCAUCUCUGCAGCACUCCACCAAUCAGGCCUUUAUGGUAGAGUGGCUAGACGGAAGCCACUCCUUAGUAAAAGGCAUAUGACAGCCCGCUUGGAGUUUGCCAAAAGGCACCUACAGGACUCAGACCAUGAGAAACAAGAUUCUCUGGUCUGAUGAAACCAUGAUUUAACUAUUUGGCCUGAAUGCCAAGUGUCACGUAUGGAGGAAACCUGGCACCAUCCCUAAGGUGAAGCAUGUUGGUGGCAACAUCAUGCUGUGGGGAUGUUUUUCAGCGGCAGGGACUGGGAGACUAGUCAGGAUCGAGGCAAAGACGAACGGAGCAAAGUACAGAGAGAUCCUUGAUGACAACCUGAUCCAGAGCGCUCAGGACCUCAGACUGGGGCAAAGGUUCACCUUCCAACAGGACAAUGACCCUAAGCACACAGCCAAGACAACACAGAAGUGGCUUCGGGACAAGUCUCUGAAUGUCCUUGAGUGGCCCAGACAGAGCCAGACUUGAACCCGAUCGAACAGCUCUGGAGAGACCUGAAAAUAGCUGUGCAGCGACGCUCCCCAUCCAACCUGACAGAGCUUGAGAGGAUCUGCAGAUAAGAAUGGGAGAAACUCUCAAAAUACAGGUGUGCCAAGCUUGUAGCGUCAUACCCAAGAAGACUCGAGGCUGUCAUCGCUGCCAAAGGUGCUUCAACAAAGUACUAAGUAAAGGGUCUGAAUACUUAUGUAAAUGUGAUAUUUCAGUUUUUUAUUUUUAAUACUUUUGCAACAAUUUCUAAAAACCUGUAUUUGCUUUGUCAUUAUGGGGUAUUGUGUGUAGAUUGAUGAUUAUUUUAGAAUAAGGCUGUAACGUAACGAAAUGUGGAAAAAGUCAAGGGGUACAUUCCGAAUGCACUAUAUAUUCAGUGUGGGCCUUUAAAGCAUCACUUUUGACAUCGGCAGGGAUAACAGACACUGCAGUUUUAAUUGUCAACAGAGAAUAAAGCUAUUACAGCCCUAUCAUCUGAUCAUCCCUGCUCUCCCUCAUGCUGUUUAUGUUCUAGGUGGUAAAUUUUUCAGAGCAGAGGAAGGUUUGAAUUCCAAUGAACUUGUGGAUGUCUUCGCUUCACUCACAACAUCUGAUGGAAAUCUGACUCAGCAAACAAUUCAGGUGAGAUGGAACUGCAGGCAAUUAUGUAAAAUACUGAUAAUAUUCUCAGAUGUUAACAUUUUUUUUAUUUCUCCUCAACAGCUUGAAAGCUCUGGAUUGACAACUAGUGAUUGGUUUAAUGGGUCUGUGUCUAUUGACAGAACAGUUGGAAACAACACAAGUGUUUUAGUCCUUUAUGAAAAAACUCAACCUGCCAUCCUUUUAACAAGCCCCUCUGGACAAAUAUAUGAUGAAUCAAAAUUCAAAGCUGACCCUUCAGCAAAGAGUUGCACAAUGGAUAUUCCAGGAACUGCAGAAGUGAGUCUUUUUGUGUGCAUUUUACAUGUUGAAAAACAGAUUUGGUAUUAAUGAACAUGUUUUCAUAGUCUUUGCGUUGGUUUUUGAAUUUGCUUUAUGCCAAUAAUAAUUAAAGUGACACUUUUAAAAAACAUUUUCUAACAAGCAAGCACUUAGAUAUGGUCAUUUUCACGUUUUCAUAAAUUCAUCAAAUUUUGGGAAUAACAUAUAGUAAGGCAUUUGUGAAAAUUCUAUAGCAACAUAAUGUUGGAAAGCGGCCGUGCUUUUGGACAAAUAAUAGACACUGCAGUAAAUAAAACCAUCUGUCUUGUCCAGGACCUGAGUCUACACAGACCGGUGCGCCAUAGCCAAUCACAGCUACUGAAGGCCUAUAUGCAAAUAAGCUAUUUGCCACAUGGGCCUGCCGUCAUUCACUUUGAACUGGACUGUGUGUUUAAAGGCAUUGCAACUUUAGAGCAUAAUAUGUAAAUAUAUAAAUAUCACGGGAGUCCUCUUACAUUUGGGAACUUUACAGUCCUAUUGAUCAAACAACCAUGAAAAGGUAGGCUCUCUCUCCCUCAGUUGCCUAUGCACAUCAACAACAACAAGAUUAAGAACUAAUGUUAGCCAGAGCGAGAUGAGCUAAAAUCUAACGAGGGAACAUAAACCCUCUCAAACUUCUACAGCUAGUUGUCUGUCAAAAUUGCACUGAUAAACAAUCGGGAAUAGGCUGCUCAUCCUUCUGCAUCUUGCCUGUUAAUGCAUGCUUGUCCCAACCCACGUUUUGACAACUGAAUGGUAACUUGCCUGUCUGCCCAUUUGAUCGAUACCAAAUAUAUUGAAAUGACAACUAAGAGAUAUGCUAACUGUGGAUAACAGUCAUUUAAGUUCAGCCUAGCUAGCAAAGCGAUUCAUAUAUUUAUUGCUAGCUAACCAAAUGACACUUGCAUCUCUAGCUGUAGCCUGUAGCCACCGAAAAACGAUAUGAGGGGAAAAAGUAGGUCACCCACCCACUCCUCCAAUGACAUGGCAUCCUCCCAGCAGCUAGCUAGCUAGCUUACGUUAGGCUCCGUGUUUUUAGCUUGCUAAAUAAAUAGCUAGCUACAUAAAGAGAUACGCUAGCCCAAACUAUGCCAUUGUUUGAAAAAUAUGUCCUUUUCAAAUGUCCACUUAUAUACAUAGGAUGCUGUACAGGCCUAUAGUAAAAUAUAAUCUAUUUUUAAAACCUCUUAUAAAGUUGGUUUUGAAGCAUAAACUAGGAAUUUGAUAUUUGUAACUGAUAUUAUGAUUGUCUGUUUGUUUCAUAUCUGCAAGUAGUAAAACAUUAUUUCAAUAGUUGAAUGUCAAAUUGUAUUAAUCAUUAUCUUAUUUACUAGACUGGAAAGUGGACAUACAGCCUUAGAAAUAAACAACCAACACCCCAGGCUAUGUCAAUGACUGUGACAAGUCGUGCUGUCAGUAAAGAUAUAUUACCAGUCACUGCCAAAGCCCACAUGAGCCAACUGUCCAGUGAUGGCAGCAAACCCAUGGUGGUGUAUGCAGAGGUCAGCCAGGAUAAAGUUCCAGUGAUUCUGGCAGAUGUGAAGGCCACAAUAACGCCUGACAGUGGAGUCCCAUAUGAGCUGAAACUGCAAGAUAAUGGAGCAGGUGAGGUAGAACCACAAUGGAGUAGGUGUUACAGGAGUCAAAACCUCAAAUGCUUUUAUUCAUUUAAGUUUGAAAAAAAUACUUUCAGACAUGAUGGCAUCUAUUCAAGUUACUUCAUUAAGAUUAUCUUGCCAUAACAAAUCCUAUUUUUUCAGGUGCUGAUGCUUUCAGACAUGACGGCAUCUAUUCCAGUUACUUCACUAAUCUAGCAACAGGAAAAUACAGCUUGAAAGUGAAAGUACAGAACGAUGAAGGCACAGCCAGAUUCUCCCUCAGGAGACACAGUGGAGCACUUUACAUACCUGGAUAUGUGGUUGAUGGUACAGUAUAUUACAUCUGACACUACAUAUGUUUUUCAUUCAUGAAUUGUAGAUCAUGAUCACUGGUGUAUAAAUGCCACUGAUCAUGAUUUCUCUUAAUAUCCAAAUAUCGUUUAAUGUGAUUGAUCAGUAUCCAUACCUAUGACUAGCCUUAUAACAAUCAAGUGUAUGAUUUUCUGUAGGCAGUAAAUUAGUUGGGAUAUGUAUAAAUUCAUUUGUUUGAUGAAUUUGUCCCAGGACAAGUAGUGAUGAAUCCCCCAAAGCCCCCAGUCAGUGAGGACGACCUGCAGGCUGAUGUGGGCAGCUUCACCAGGACAGCUAUAGGAGAGAGCUUCUCAGUCAGUCUCCCACCUGGUGUCCCCCCUCCAAAUUUUCCCCCUAACAAAAUCACAGACCUGAAUGCAGAGAUAGAGGAGGACAAAGUAGUACUCACCUGGACUGCACCUGGGGAAGACAUGGAUCAAGGCACAGGUAAAUAAUAAUAAAUAAUGAGCAUCUCAUUCCAGAUUUUUUGCUUGGAUUAAAAUCUGUAUUGCAGGCCUAAUAUUCACAAAAUAAUAAUAAUAAUAAAAAACACUGCAACACUGACAUGUACAGUAUUUCACCAAUACUUAUAUUUCAUACGACAUGGGUGCAAAAUGCUAACAAUCAGAUAAUCUGUGUGCUGUCUUGGUGUAUGAUAUACUUACACCUACUUGGCAUCUCUAUUUUUCAGCAACGGCCUAUGAGAUCCGUUUUAGUGAAGAUUCGGACCUACUCAGAUCCAACUUCAGUACCGCACAUCUUGUCACAUACAACCUCCCACCAAAGAAGGCAGGCUCCAUAGAAAAGCUCUCUUUCACUCUCUUCUCAAUCAUAAAAAACGCCACCACUCUGUUCUUUGCAGCAAAAGCAGAAGACAAAGCUUUCCUGAAAUCUGAAACAUCCAACAUUAUUCAAGUGACCAAGAUUGUUCCCAAAGCUCCUGUUCCAACUGAUGCUCCUGGUGGGCCAGGUACAUCAGGCGGUGGUGUGAACAUUACUGCUAUAGUCAUAUCAGUCACCACAGUAACUAUGGUGGCUUGUCUGAUUGCUAGUGUGACAAUGUGUUCAAUGAAAUCAAGGAGAGUUAGUCAUGCUUAAGACAAACUAUGAUUAUAAACAAAUGUAGCUGCAGCUCAUUGAACUGAAUCAUAGCAAACCUUCCUUUAUUUCAGACUGUAGAAAACAUUAAAUCAAAAGUGGAGGGAAAUCAAGAGUUUAUUUCCAAAAUGUUAUAUCCAUGCAUUUUUCACCUUUGUGUUUUUUCAUCAUAAAUGAUUCCUUAUGGGUGCCUUCAUGUGUUUGUAAUCAAUUUUGUAUUCAUAGAUUGUAAAAAAAAAACAAUGUGUUUUUCUGCAAAAUGCUAUAUAUCCAUUGGCUGGAAUGGAAAGUUCAUAUCCUGUAUAUUUGAUUGUGAUAUUAGGUUGUCUCACCUAGCUAUCUUAAGAUGAAUGCACUCUGGAUAAGAGCAUCUGCUA